AUGAAGCAGGCGCUGCUGGAAGUAAUGAGGAUGAACAAGAUCUGCCGGAUGGUUCUGGUCACUUGCUUGGGAUCCUUCGCCCUGGUCAUCUUCUAUUUCCAAAGUAUGUUGCAUCCAGUAAUACGUAGGAAUCCGUUUGGAAUGGACAUCUGUUGCCGGAAGGGGUCAAGAAGCCCAUUGCAGGAGCUCUACAAUCCAACCCAGUUGGAAUUGUCCAGCACAGCGAUCCUUCACCAGAUCCGGAGGGAUCAAGUCACAGACACAUGCCGAACCAACAGCCUGUCCAGCAGGAAGCGCCGUGUGCUGACGCCCAAUGACCUUAAACAUCUGGUGGUAGAUGAAGACCAUGAGUUGAUAUAUUGCUACGUACCCAAAGUGGCCUGCACCAACUGGAAGAGAGUCAUGAUGGUCUUGACAGGGAAGGGCAAAUAUAGCGAUCCCAUGGAGAUCCCAGCCAAUGAAGCUCACGUCUCGUCCAACCUGAAGACACUCAACCAAUACAGCAUCCCAGAAAUCAAUCACCGCUUGAAAAACUACAUGAAGUUCCUGUUUGUCCGCGAGCCUUUUGAAAGACUGGUGUCGGCCUACAGAAACAAAUUCACCCAGAAGUACAACACCUCCUUUCACAAGAGGUAUGGUACCAAAAUUGUGAAACGCCAAAGGAAAAAUGCUACCCAAGAGGCUCUGCACAAAGGUGAUGAUGUGAAAUUUGAGGAGUUUGUGGCUUAUCUCAUAGACCCUCACACCCAAAAAGAAGAGCCCUUCAAUGAACACUGGCAAACUGUCUACUCCCUCUGCCAUCCAUGCCACAUCCAUUAUGACCUCAUAGGGAAAUACGAGACACUCGAAGAGGAUUCCAACUAUGUCCUUCAGCUUGCAGGAGUAGGCAACUAUCUCAAGUUCCCCACCUAUGCAAAGUCUACAAGAACUACUGAUGAAAUGACCACAGAGUUCUUCCAGAACAUCAGCUCGGAACACCAAACACAGCUGUAUGAAGUCUACAAACUUGAUUUUUUAAUGUUCAAUUACUCAGUGCCAAGCUACCUGAAGUUGGAAUGA